AUGGACAAGGAGAAGCUCGCCAAGCUCCAGGCUCAGGUCCGCAUUGGCGGCAAGGGUACUCCCCGCCGUAAGCAGGUCAAGAAGUCCGUGACCGCUACCCAGGGCGACGACCGCAAGCUCCAGGCUGCCCUCAAGAAGCUCGGCGUCACCCCCAUCGCCGGUGUUGAGGAGGUCAACAUGUUCAAGGAGGACGGCAACGUUCUUCACUUCGGCGCCCCCAAGGUUGCUGUCCAGGCCGCCCUCCCCUCGAACACCCUUGCCAUCUACGGCCCCGGCCAGAACAAGGAGCUCACCGAGCUCGUCCCUGGUAUCCUCAACCAGCUCGGCCCUGACUCGCUGGCUAACCUCCGCCGUCUCGCCGAGUCCUACCAGUCGCUGACUGCCCGCCAGGCCCAGCUCAACCAGCAGGCCGGUGGUGAGAAGAAGGACGGUGAGGUCGACGACGAGAUCCCCGACCUCGUCGAGAACUUCGACGAGGCCGACAAGAAGGACGACAAGGCCGACAAGAAGGCCGACCUCGACCAGCUCGAGUAA